CAAAGGACGUCCAAGAUGGAGGUCAAAGUGAUAUUUCUGUUAGCGGCUGUGGCGGCAGCGGCGGCGCUAGAGCCAGCCUCAAUCUGCGUGGCCUCUGCGUGUCAACUGCCCAACUGUAGGUGCGCCAGCACUGAGAUACCUGGAGGUCUGGAGCCAAGGAACACACCACAGUUCAUCACAGUCACCUUCGAUGAUGCCGUUACCGUUCAAAACAUCCAAACUUACCGCGAAGUCCUUUACGACCGUAAGAACAGAAACAACUGCCAAAUUGGAAGCACAUUCUUCAUCAGCCAUGAAUACACUGACUACUCCAUCGUCAAUGAACUCUACAACGAAGGAUUCGAAGUUGCUCUUCACUCAAUAUCCCACAAAGGCCCUCCGGAUUCCUGGGGUUCAGCGUCAUACGAAGAACUCAGUCAGGAGAUUGGAGACCAGAAAAAACAAAUGGCUGCAUUCGCUAACAUCCCCGAGUCUGCUAUCAAAGGGAUGCGCAUGCCGUACCUUUACAUGGGUGGCAACAAUCAGUUCAGCGUCAUGGCUGCUGCUGGUCUUGAGUACGACAGCAGCUGGGGAGCCACCAACAGCAUCGACCCUGGCUUAUGGCCAUACACCCUGGACUACGCUUCACCUCAAGAGUGCAACGUUGGCACGUGCCCAAAUGCCACCUUCCCUGGUCUCUGGGUAUCGCCUAUGCUCGCUUGGAUUGAUAAAACUGACAACCGUUGCACUAUGGUAGAUUCUUGCUACUCCAAACCUGAACCUAACGACGAAGAUGGUUGGCUCGAAUUCUACAUUCGCAACUUCGAAAGGCACUACACUGGCAACCGCGCUCCCUUCGGUUAUUACAUCCACGAAGCUCACUUCACGUCGCACCCUGCUUCCAAGACCGCCCUCAAAAAAUUCUUGGACAUUGUCACUCAGCUGUAUGAUGUAUUUGUGGUAAACGAACACGAUGUCAUUGAAUGGGUGAAGAAUCCGAUCCCAGUCGAUCAGUACCUGAAAAAAGACUGUAAAUUCACUCUGCGUAGACAGUGCCAGUCAAGAGCUUGCGGGCCUUACUACCCUACCCACAACAUAUACAAUGAAGAAUACAGACUGCAGCUGUGCACCGCCUGUCCUGCCACCUACCCUUGGACCGGGAACUAUCUUGGCACUAAUUAAAAUGUAUUGAAUUUAA